GUUUUUGACAGUUCCCGCUGUCAUACCUCUGUCGGUGAUUUGUGAGUCCGGUUCGAUUUUACCAAACUGCGACGAUAAAUCUAGUUUUUCGUAAAUGCAAUGGAUGUUGGUGAAUUGCUAUCCUAUAAGCCCGAGCAAACACCGAAACGGCCCGCAGACGACGAUGAAUCCGUGCCAACCGUAGCGGACGCAACAACUGUUCGAGAUGCUGAGCACGCCAGGAAGUUGCGACGCAUUGCAGCCGCGAAAGCCUCUGCAGCUCCCAGCAAGCCUGCAAUUCCGGUUAAGGAACUUCAACUCACGGAGGAAGAGAAGCUAAACAUUGCGAAAUUCGUAGAAACAGAGAACGCAGAAGGCGACGUGCUAGAUGAAGUCGGCUUAAAGAAGCUGAUCCUACUCUUCGAGAAGCGGAAUUUGAAGAAUCAGGAAAUGCGGAUGAAGUUCCCCGACAAUCCAGAGAAGUUCAUGGAGAGCGAAAUAGACUUGCACGGCGUUAUUCAGGAAUUGAAAACUUUGGCAACGGUGCCCGAUCUGUAUCCAGUUUUAGUGGAGUUGCAUGCGGUGCCGAGCCUCCUUGAACUGCUUUCCCACCCAAACACAGACAUUAGCGUGGCAGUUGUAGACCUCCUCCAGGAACUAACCGAUGUCGACAUUCUGCACGAAAGUGUUGAAGGCGCCGAGACUCUGAUUGAGUCCUUACGAAAACAACAAAUCUGUUCUUUGCUUGUUCAAAACCUGGAACGAUUGAACGAAACCGUAAAGGAAGAAGGGGAUGGUGUCCAUGAUUCUUUAGCUAUAAUUGAAAACCUGACCGAGAUGCGAGAGGAAGUAUGUUCAGAAGCAGCCGAGCAAGGAAUAUUGGCGUGGAUCCUGAAGCGCUUGAAACAGAAAAUGCCUUUCGAUGCGAACAAGUUGUACUGCAGCGAGAUUUUGUCGAUUUUGAUUCAAACGAACAAUGAUAAUCGUCUGAUGCUGGGUACUUUGGAUGGCAUUGAUGUCCUUUUGCAGCAAUUGGCCGUUUACAAACGUCACGACCCGUCGUCGAGUGAGGAACAGGAAUUCAUGGAAAACCUUUUCAAUUGUAUGUGCUCAGCUUUGAUGGCGAAGGAAAAUAGGGAGCGGUUCUUGAAGGGCGAAGGACUUCAACUGAUGAAUCUUAUGCUUCGUGAGAAAAAAAUGUCGCGAAAUGGCUCUCUCAAAGUUCUAGAUCACGCCAUGUCAGGUCCAGAUGGAAGAGACAACUGCAACAAAUUCGUCGACAUUCUUGGCUUGAGAACGAUAUUUCCCCUUUUCAUGAAGACCCCCAAACGGAACAAGACACGACUACUGAGCGCAGAUGAACACGAAGAACAUGUUGUCUCCGUUAUUGCGAGCAUGCUUCGAAACUGUAAGGGAUCGCAGAGACAACGCUUGCUGGCCAAAUUCACCGAAAACGACCACGAAAAGGUUGAUCGACUUCUAGAGUUGCACCUUAAGUACUUGCAUAAAGUCAAUGAAAUUGAUAAAGAAAUUGAUGCACAGCCACCGGACCCUGAUGUCGAUGAGGAGGAAGAAGCGGAGAAUAAUUAUCUCAAACGACUUGGAGGAGGUCUCUUCACUUUACAACUAAUCGAUUACGUUAUCUUAGAGGUAAGCGCGGCACAGGAGACAGUUAAGCAGCGAGUGCUGCAGAUAUUGAAUCUGCGCGGGGCAUCGAUGAAGACUAUUAGGCAGGUGAUGCGAGAAUAUGCCGGCAACCUGGGCGACGCAGGGGAUAAGGAUUGGCGUGAUCAAGAGCAAGCGCACAUCAUUCAACUCGUUGAUCGAUUCUAACUGCGGAUUUUGGGUGUUCUAGGAAAUAAAGACAAAUGAACUAUCUA